AUGAUAUUUCCUCCCUUUGUUCCAUCUCUUUCUGAAGCAUACAAUGUAGAGAGCGGACCUUCAACACCUGGAACGCCAUCUGAGAUAUCAGAUGAAGUCCUCAGUGUUGGCUUCCCCCAGUCUAUGCAACUCACAUGGACAACUUCCUCAUCUGCCAUGGCGCUGUUCAUCUCUGAACCAGGCUCAAGCGUCAUCUAUGCAGCACUCAUGCCCCGUGGUUGGCAAGGUCCCUCAUAUCUCUACCCUGGCUCUACCUUUGCCGGAGACGCAAUGGUUUCUUGCAAUCGAUCUGGAGAGCGUUUCACUUUUCAACUACCCGCAAUCCCAAGUUACAGCAUCUCAGCCAACGAAGUCACCAUGUCCUUCCAUCGAUCCAGAUCGAAUCCGAGAUACAGUUUCUCUAUGAGAGUUGAACAUGAAGGGAGUCGCAGAACAGAAUCAUUCGAAUGGCGUGCUUCGUCUGAAACGCAGAGUGGAAUGUACAGCAUGGUAUGGCAACUUAUUUCUCUCGGCCGUACUAGCAAGUCAAGUUCCAGCAGACCAAAGAGUGCAGAGGUUGUUGCGAUGAUCUAUGAAGUGAGCCCAACUUCAGUUCAGAGAUCAGGAGGUUUUCAAUUUUUGGGAAGGUCGACUUCGAAUUAUAUGGGAUACCACUGGAUGCUUAUGGCUGUGAUGAGCGGAAUAGCAGUUCUUCAACACGCGAGUAGUGAGUAA